AUGAGUAAUGUUUUUUCAUCUUCUUUACAGGAAAAAUUAAAAGCAUUAUCAUUAAGUGUUAGUAAAAUUAAAUUGUCAAAUGAUCAAAAAAAUGUUAGAGGAACAAGUAACAGUGAAAACCAAUCUUUAAAGAGAAGAUAUAAAGAAGAUCAAAAUGAAGAUAAACAACACCAAAAAGAAACAACACUAAAAAAUAAUUUCAACUUAGAAGAAAUAAAAAAACAAUGCUCAACUAUCCUUAAAAAAGAAUCAAUUAAUAUUCUCUUUGAUUCUCUAAUUAAUUCUUUAGUACAAUUCAAUGAAACCCUAUUAGACAUAAAUGAAGGAAUUAUCAUUAAUAUUACAAAUAAUCAUAUUCACUUUGGCUAUCUAAUUAAAAAAAUCAAAGAAAUAUAUCAAAUCAAGUCAUUACUUAUUAUUAAAGAUAAUAAAAUAACUCAAAUUAGUUUAAAAGAGGGUCAAACAGAUCAUAUUAUUUUAUCAUCUUCACAACCAAUUCUCUAUUCAACACAAACAAGUUCUCUACUUUUAAAUGGAAUAUCUUCUAUUAACAAAAAGAUGAUAGAAACUUAUUUAAUAAAAGAUGAAUUAAAACCAUCAUUUACAUUAAAACAAGUUCUUAUGAUAAAAUAA